AUGGGAGGAUGGGACUUUGGAGUUUUUCAAUGUGAACAAAACCCUGUAAUGUGUUUAUGAGCAUGGUGUGUCCCCGGUGGAAUAUGCUGCAUGCAAGUUGUUGAUGCCAAAAUUUCUGAUUCAGAGAACAAAAAUGCUGCCUUCGUUGCAUGCUUAUAGUUUGGGCACGCUUAUGGAGUAAAGUUAAUUCUAUUUGCUGCCAGCCUGGGCUAGCUUUUAAGUUAAGACCUGGACAUAAGCUUUAAGAUGAUAGCCGAAAUCCGGUUUCUCAGAAUAAAUAGCCUAGAAGCAUGCCAAAGCUGCUCAUAAUCUAUAUGCAGCUGCUUCUUGGGCUGUAUAGGAGCUACUUUUAACCGCUAUAAACUAAGAGAAAUGCUUACUAUUAAUGACUCUGUUAUUAUGGAUUUACUUUGGUAUUGGUGAGUCCCAUGUUUCGCUGUCACUCAAGAAUGGAUGACCACAAUGAAUCGCCAAAAAAACAAUCACAAACUUCUUAUUUGGCAGCUGAUUGGAGCUCAAGAAGGAGGCAAUGGGGUAAGAGCUUAG